AUAUGGCACAAUAAGAUUCAAACACAAAACACGAAUACGAAGAAAAUGAGGAAGGCAACGACGGGAAUACUAACAUUAUUUUUGGUAUGUCUUCACCUUCAUGCAUCCUCAAAUCCUUCAAAAAUUGUCCAUGGAGGAGUGAACUAUGUUGAUAGACGUGGAGGAGGUGGCGGUCAUGGUGGUGGUGGUGGUGGUCAUGCCCAUGGUGGUGGUGGUGGUGGUGGUGGUGGUGAGGCUCAUAGUGUUGGUUCAAGAGGAGAAAGUGGAGGUGCAGGGCCUCUUGUUAUCCCUGUAUAUGCAGGGGGUACCCACCGGAGGACUGGAACCCACCAUGGUCGGAACAAUAGCAGUUGCGCUAUUCCCCAGUUGACUUCUACUAUAUUGGCCUUGUUCCUUUUAUUAUGUCUUUAGGAUCACUUCUUUACUAUGGCUGUGCAUUGUAGUUAAAAAAUCAAUAAAUAUUUUGAUUUAAGUUUUA